ACUGAGAAAAGACUUCACAGUUCAACAGUGGCCUACCGAAAUCACCUUUCCUGUAUCUCUCAUCUUCCCCUUUCUGCACAGCCUUUCCUACUCUUCAACUGCUAGUGCUGGAGAUCCUACUGUGAUAUCUUCUCCCAGUGAAGUUCGUGUGUGGAUAGAAGGGUUGGAUUAUAGUUUUCUGGUAUAUGGAGAAAAAUUUGAAAGAGCAGAAAUCAACGGGGAAAGGCUACUUAACAUCACCCGGCAAAGACUUAACAGACUUGGCAUAAUCCAGAUUGACCACCAGGAUAAAAUCUUAAAAGCUGUCACAAAUAUUUAUAAAAAGAAUGAUAAAAGGAUGCCUACCAGAUUCGUAAAACAAAGUGAACAUCUUGAGCAUGCUAUUGACCGUGUUCUUGUCAUGAUAUCGGAAAGAAGAAGGGUGCGCAGUCUACAUGGCAUUAAUGAACAACCUCCUCAUAAUAUUCUUACAGCUGCACUAGAAUUGAUUAAUAUGGUCAAGAUGAUACUAAGCAUUCUGGAAAGGCCUCCAUUUGAUUGCAUGUCAGAAUUUUCCAGUCUGAAAAACCACCUCAUUAAACAUAUAACAUUACUGAAACAUUUCUCUGAACAGCCUGAUCUCAGCCAUGAAAUGGAAUCUGAUAUGAUAGAUGUGUGCAAAGGUGUAACUAAAAUAUGUCAUUACAUAAUUGCUCUGCCACCUUAUCUCCCAGAAUCAGAAACACAUAUUCCAGAAUUUAUUACCCCUGAAAAGAGGCCACAUAGGAUGCAAGUGCCAAUUACCAUUGAACCUGAAGUAACAAGUUCCUCAAUGGAACCUGGACCUGACUCUGUGCCUCCAAAUCAACAUUUGUCAAUGACAAUAACUACAACUAGUUCAUCAAAUGAACCUAUAUUUCCCCUACAAGCUGUGUCUCUUCCAAAUGAAAGAGUUCCUGACAGAUUUGAAUAUUCUUAUCCAGAAAGGCUCAACACGCCAAGUAAUGAAGGAGCAGUUAUGAUGCGACAUGAUGAAGGAAACAAAUCUGAAACAGAAGUUUCUGAUAAAAAAGUUUCAGAAACUGUAGCUGGUUAUUUCAACUAUAAAAGUCUCCAAUUCCUAAGAAUAAUUGAAAAUGACAGCCCCCUUAUGGACUCUGGCUCUGAAAGAUGUAUGAUUGAUUCUGACUCUGAUAGAGGCAUUGGUUUGGACUCUGACUUAGAAGAACGCUCAAAAGACUCUGACUCAGUAAUAUGGGGAAUGAAUUCAGACUCAGAAAAAUGUCCCAGGGACUCAGACUCUACAAAACACCUGCUAGAAGCAGAAAACUACCAGAUGGCUACAGGCUCUGUGGAAGAUCUGAUGGUAGUCGAACGUUGCCAGGUUGACUCUGAUUCUCUGAAAUAUUGGAUGGACUCAGGUUCAGAAAAAUGCUUGGUAGAUUCUGACUCUGAAAAAUGUCUGAUGGACUCUGAUAAUGAAAGACUGGAGAUAGACUCAGAUUCAGAAAGGUGUCCCAUGGUCUCUGCAUCCAUGAAAUACUUGCUGAAAGCAGAAAAAUACCAAAUGGCCUCAGAGUCUGUAAAACGCCUGAUGGAAUCUGAAAAAAGUUUUAUGGAGACCGAAAAACUCUGGAUGGUCUCUGCUACUGAGAGGUACAUAAUGGACUCAGACGCAGAAAGGGGUGUAAUGGACUCAGCUUCUGCAUCUGGGGCACAUCUGAUGGUGGGAGAAAAACACCAAGAGAAGAUUAAAUCUGAAAGAUAUAUGAUCGACUCUGACUCUGAACCAUGUGGGAUGGACUCAGACUCUGAAAGAUGUGGACUAACCUCAACAGCUGUAAAAUGUCUCAUGGAUGGUAAAACAUUCCAGUUGAGCACUGACACUGAAGGGCUCUGGAUUGAUUCUUGGUCUGAAAGACGUAAAGUGGACUUAGACUCUGAUUCUGUGAAACACAUGAUGAAGGCUGAGUAUUGCCAAAAGACCUCUGACUUGCAGAAAUUCUGGACAGGCCUCAGAUCUGAAUCUGAAAGAUCCUGGGUAGUCUCUGAAAGAGAACAGUUGGACUUUGACCAUAAUAGAUGCUGGGAUAGUUCUCAAAAAUAUCAGCAUAGGUCUGCAAGACUUCAGAAUAGGUCUGGAAAAUAUCAGGAUGACCUUCAAAAACAUUGGGAUAACUUUGAAAGACAUCAAGUGGACACUAAUUCUAAAAAACAUCAAACAAAUUCUGGAAAUGAAAGACAUCAAAAUGAGUUUGAAAGUGAAAGACACCUGAUGAGGACAGAGAGGGGACAGUGUCUGAUACAACUUGAAAAUGAGAGACUUCAGAAGGAUGAAGGGAAGAAAAGACAUCUCAUGGAGUCUGACGUUGAAAAAGAGCACAGGAUUGCAUUUGACAGUGAAAGACAUAACCUUGACUCAGAAAAUGAAGCACUACGGCUUGGUGCUCGCAGAAAGGAUAAUCGUCCUCAAGGUUUUUGGAGGCCUGUUUUUCUGCCCCUUCCACUUGCCCAAGAAAAGAAAACUAAAGAACAACACUCUGUGCAACAAAUAGAAAAUAAAGCAGUUUCGACAAUUCAACUUAUGAGGUACCUGAAUGAUGACAAGAUUAUGAGAUUCAAAGAACUGUCUCCAACACUCAGUGACAAGCAAGAAUCAUGGCAAAAAUUGGAAAAGUGCAGCCACAACCUCUCUCUAGACCCAAACACAUUAAUGUAUAACAAGUCUAACAGAAAUGCUAACCACAAAAUUUCUGUCUAUAAGAGCCAUUGUAAGGAUUACAUAUACACACAAAGUUUUCAGAGUCCUAGGUGUCAAAUGGAUCCAAUUCAUCUCCUAAGUGCUGAGGAUUACACCUCUGAUAUUUCAGCACCUGACUAUGACCCAACUUCCACAAGCCCUGUGUCUGUUGUACACUCCAAGAUUCACAGAAAUAGCCCAAAUUCUUUGGAAAUGGGAGCCCAAAUAUGUUCCAAAUAUUUGAUGGAAAUCAAUAACUCUCCUUUUCAUAAAUGCCUCAUGAAUUCUGAUGAUGAUUCAGACCCUGACUGUCCUUUACAUUUCCAAAUACUUUUGGAUUCUAAAUAUUCUUUGAGCCCCAAAUCUGUUAGACACCACAAGAUUUCUCAAAACAGCCCAUUAUCUCAAUCCUUGGGUCCUAAGCAUCCUGUGGGCAUCCGCUGUCCUUUACAUCAGGAAGUUUCUAAAUAUUCCUUGGAUUCAACUUCUUAUUUACAUUGUGAAAAUUGCUCAGCCCUCCAAACCCUCAUAGGCUCUACUAUUACCUGUACCUUUCCCAUGAACCCCCAAAAUACCAUGGGCUGCCAUAAUAUUCCUGGCCUAUAUAAUGUCAUCAGCACCAGCAAUGUUGCUAACCUUGGAAGUGAGAGCAAGUUCAAUCUGCCUUUCAAACCCAAAAAUGAGGCCAAUCCUAAAAAUGAGGCUAAACCGGUCAGUGCUGGAAACCUCAAAGAUAAGGCCAAUGCCAAAGACAAGCCUCUUUUCAAAGAUAAGACAGACCAUGAAGAUGAAACAGACUCUGAAAAUGAGACAGAUGCUGAUGAUGAAACAGACUUUGAAGAUGAAGACACCAAAGAUAAGAAAGAUCCUGAAGAUAAGUCUGACCCUGAUGACACUGAUCCCAAAGACAGCGAUGCUGAAAAUGAUUCUGAUACCAACAAUGGGUCUGAUCCCAGUGACGAUGCUGGCCCUACAGAUGGAGCUGAUUCCAACAGUGCUGGUGACCCUAACAAUGGAACUGAUCCCAACAGCGAAUCUGACCCUAACAUUGAUAAUGCCUCCAACAAUGACACUAACUCCAAGUAUAGCACUGGUCCUGCAGAGGACACACACACCAACAAUUCAGACACUGCUUCUGGCCUGGACAGUGGUGUUGAUCAGGAGAGUACUACUGACUCCAACAAUGACACUAAUCCAAAUUACAUCUCUGGGCCCCCAAAUGGAACUGGCCUGGACUAUACUUCUGGUUCCAACAACUGUGUUGGCCCUAGAAAUGCCACUAUACCAGGCAAUGACAUUUGCCCCAACAUUGGCCCUGGCCCCCAAAAGAUUAGAAUGAGUCCCAACAGACUUGGUCCCAGCAACAAUGGCACUGGUCCCCCAAAAUACCCUGCCUCUAAAUAUAAUGUCAGGCCCAAUAAUGCUACUACUCACAGCAAUGCUAUUAGUCCUAACAAUGAUACUGACUCCAACUAUGAUACAGGACCCAUCAGUGCUGCUGGCCACAACUAUGUAGCUGCCCCAAACUAUGACACAGACCUUGACUAUGUCCCAGGAUUUACCCAUUCAGUAGGUACUAGCUUUUUAGUCAACCCAAAAUAUAUUGCCAGAAACAGGUAUGUUGGCAGACCCAGUUUUACAGAUAACAUUGUCAAUGUCACUGACACCAACACCACCACUACUUGUAAUGGUACCAUUAGCCCUAGCUAUACUGCUUUUACCAUCUAUGCCUCAGACAUUAACCGUGCCCUUAGAUUUACUCAUUUCUUUGUCUACACCUUUGUCAUCAACCCCAAUUAUGAUGUCAUAAAUACUCAUAAUGCUCAUAAUUUCACUAGUGCCAACAAUAUUAAUAAUUUCCCUGAGCUUGAAUUGGAAUUCCAUCCCAGUUUAUCUAUUCCUAAUAUUGUUUAUGUAAACGCCACCAUUUUUGCUGCUGGAAUUAACUACACUUCUACUCCUGACAAUUUGACCACCUCUAAAAUUUCUGAUCCUUCUAAGCUCGGUGGAAAUUAUACAAUUUUUGAUGACCACAAAUUUGGUGCUGACGUCAAAAACCUUGCUCACUCCAUGGCCUCUGCUAGCUUUAAGCAUGCCAGUGGGUCCAAGAAUGUCCUUAAUGCCAAGGAAUCUGGAUUUUUUAAAGAUUUCUCUAAGGUCCAGAAUCCCGUUGCUUUCAAGGGUCCUGCCACUUUAAACUUUCAUGCCAAUCCCAAUAUCCUGCUCCCUAGUUUUGAUAUUAUAGUAGAAGCUGAACCACCAGAUGUUGUGAAGUUUGCCAUAUCAUCAGGUGCUGUGAAUCAUUUUUUAAAGAUGAAAACUACCUGCAAAGUAGACUACUUUCACCUGAAAAACGAUCAAAUUUUUCAAGUAGAAGCAAAAGAUAUGUUUUCUAGGAAUUUUCACUCUAAGAUACCGCAAAACCAUCUCCUAUCCAAAGAUACAGUCAACUUUCUCAAGCUCAACUUCCAGACAGGUAGAAGACAAAACCUUGGCCCUUGAUUAAUGAAAAGAAUAACUUGAGAUGGAAAAGACAAAGACACAACCAAGAAAGUUUGAGGAUAUAAGAAAAUAACUUCGAAAAAUUGCAGAGAUCCCUGAGCAAUGUUUAUUAUAUGUUGAUUUACACGUCCCCUUCCCUUUACAUGGCUAUGCCUGUAUUGUCUAAUAGGGCCAUCAAUGUUGCUUCAAACUACCAUAUUAAUUGUUUCUGGAAGACUCUGGAAUUAGGAAAAGUACACACUGUGAUCCUUUCUGGUAAUCAUUUAAAAGUUAUUUUAUAUUAGUGAUUCAAAGUGCAAUCAGAUAUUUCAAUCAG